AUGACUCUCGUGCGAGACCCCUGCUUUUGGAAACGCUUUUCCGCCGCGGUGCACAUGGACGAAGAGUCAAAAGGAGUUGACCAACAAACACAAAAACAAAAACAAGACAAACAAUCAUGGCUCUACCGCGAACGCCGCAAACGCAAACGCUCCAUUAUCUGCGGAUUCAUCAUCUUUUUCGCGAUCGUCUUUGCUGCCAUAGCCGGUGUCGUGAUAUGGUGGCUCGCCAAGAACCACUGGCUCCAACCGGGCCCGGACGCUACAGAAUAA